CUUGUGCCCCCUUGUGGGAAACUUGGGAGCUAUCAUCACCUUUAGAUACAACUUAUUCGACAUGUAAUUAAACACUGACCUGCGGUAACCUUGCUAAAACCUUGUAAAUUGUGCAUUGACAUUAACAUUAUACUAGACACUUGACACUUAUGUUCCUGCUCGUGUUGGUGUGGAGGGAAAUGAGCUGAUGAAUAUUCUGGUCAAACAAACACUUAGAAUUAAGCAUGUAGACCUACAGGAAAAGUUGAAGCUAAGACAUUCACUGGGACAUAUGCACAAUCAGUAUAACAGGAGUAUUGGGAUGAUAAUAAACUAGAAGACAUCAAUAUUAUAUACAAAGACAUGUGCUCAGAGGAUGGUGGGCUGGAAACGAAAGGAAGAAAAUGUCACCAUCACUUGUCUGAGAAUAGGUCACAUAGGUCUCAACCAUACAUGAUAUAGAUUAGGCAAGCACCCAACCAGCAAAAGGCACACAACCAGAAUCAGUCGAACAAGUACUACUGCAUUGUAGAAAAUACAAUAUCAAGAGAAAUCACUUUCCUCUGUCACUAAGGAAGGCGACACACAAUGACUUUUCAUUGUCAGGUCUCUUGGAGAAAACGGAAAGCAAGAUGUACUGUGGCAUUAUUAAGUUUUUAAAAGAAACUGAUUAAACUAAAUAAUCUAGAGGGGUUUUUUUCUGCAUAAUCUCUUCUUCCACACUCCAUUCCAGUCGGUGGCGGUAAUGCGCCUCUAAGCUGGUUUGCCAACCGCCAAUAAACACCAAAGAAGAAGAAGAAAUGACACUUGGGGCAAAGCAGUCACAUCUGCCAUAGACUGCAACCAGAAAACAAACAUCUGCUGCAUUAUGCUACUCUCUGAAGCAGAGUAGUUUCAUUUUUUUACACAGUCGAAAGUGUCAUCGAUUAUUAGCUUAUGUUAGUGAGCUGGGUGGAGCAUGACCAUAUCUCAGAUACGGCUUUUGAGGAAAGUAAACUUAGCGAUAGCAGGUCGGGCUGGCAGCUAAAGGCGAGAGUGGACAACAAUGCUGCAGCUGGGAGAUGAAAUCUCUCUCUACUCCCUCGUCUUCGUGGUGGUCCUGCUGGGGACCCGGAGCCCGGUGUGGACAACCGUCCUCACCGCCUCCCUCUACCUCUUUCUGGCCAUGUUCCGGUUCCCCCAGGUACCAGCCAACCGAGCCCGGCAGGUGCUUCACCCAGCCAAGGGCGCGGCGGGCUCCGGUAAAGUGUCGGUGGUCGCCCACCGGGGCGGCGGGCACGACGCACCGGAGAACACGAUAGCAGCCAUACGGGAGGCCAGUAAGAACGGGGCGACAGGUGUGGAGUUGGACCUGGAGUUCUCAGCAGAUGGUGUCCCAAUACUGAUGCACGAUGAGACCGUAGACCGGACCACCAACGGGUCGGGACCACUCAGCCAAUUGAAAUUUUCUGACUUGAGUAAAUUGGACGCAGCAGCUAAACAUCGACUCAGGGAGAAGUUUGCUGGGGAGAAAAUUCCAACUCUGGAGGAGGCAGUGGAGGAAUGCAUCAAACUGCAGCUCACCAUUUACUUUGAUGUCAAAGGUCAUCCAGAUGAGGCAGCCGCAGCCCUUACAGACUUGUAUGUGAAACAUCCAGUCCUCUACAACAACAGCAUCGUCUGUUCUUUCGAGCCCAAAGUCAUCUACAGGAUGAGGCAGAGUAACCCAGACGUGGUCACAGCAUUGACCCACCGGCCCUGGAGCCUGAGUCGGUUUGGAGAUGGUACCCCACGUUUCUCAUCACCGUGGAAACACCACUGGAUUACACUAAUGGACAUGGUGUUGGACUGGGCGCACCAUCACGUACUGUGGAAGCUCUGUGGCAUCUCAGCCUUCCUGAUACAAAAGAAUUUUGUCUCACCGGACUAUGUGCAGUACUGGGCCCAGAGAGGGGUGGAGGUGGUAGCCUGGACAGUCAACACAAACAUGGAGAAAGUGUAUUACCAGGAGCUGCUGCAAGUCAACUACAUCACAGACAGCCUUGUGGAAGACUGUGACCCCCAUUACUGACACUCACAUGAACCCAGCAUACGACAUGUUCAAACACAUACUCAUUAAAAAAGAUCAAAUCAAAGGAGUUCUCAUCACUCAUACAGUGGCAUCAGGUAAAAGAACAUAUGCCACUCAUUGUUUUCCAUACACACUUUGAUUACUGUUUUUGUGUGUAUGCGAGCUUGUAUGUUUCUAUGUGGAUGUUUGCACAGAAGAAGAAUCAUCCUGACUAGACUGGGUGUCAAACUCAAUAACAAGAGGCAAAGUAAGAGGUUUUAUUCUGAUUUAAUCAUUUUAAUAAUAUCAUGAAUUCACUCAGACAUGCUGAGGUACCUGAUGUGCAUUUAUAAACAUUUUAAUACAAUAAUACGUGUCUAUAAUAGACCAGAAUCAAAUGUACUGUAUUCACCAGCUCAGGACUGCUCUGGUUUUUUUUCCCUUCUGGUUAUUGUGCAUAUCAUACUGUCUUUCAAAACCUCUAAAGUCAUGCACUGUCCUUUCUACCCAGAAAAGGUCUGAAUGAAACUACCUAGAAUAACACUCAUUUAGAAAUAAUACAAGUAAACAUGUAAAAUUUUUGAGAUAUGCACAUAUGAAACCGAAAUGUAGAAAUACAGUAGGAUUGGCAUACAGAUAGCAAGUUUUCAGGCUGGUGACAGAUUUCAGAUUAAUGUUCAUAUAUACAUCAUGCAAUAUAAUUAUAAUAAAUUUCAGCAUCAGCGUUUUUGAAAAAUAAUGUGAUCUUGUUUGAGAAACAUCAUUUGUUGUUCUUGGUAGUAGAGUCUAACCUUUGUACCCCACUGUAUCUGUAGAGGGAAACCAGAGACGAUCAAAUGUCAAAUGUGUCUCAAGAAUUGUAAUUACUCUCAAGUAGAAGACAUAGACAAGAUAUGAAACACAGAAGGGCAGUACAGAGGAACAGUAAAAGACAAGUAAUGAUAAGAAUAAGGAAUUCAGGAGUGUGAGGUUAUAUGAGGCGUUAAAACUGCAGUAGAUCUGCAGAAAUUUGUCCUCAGAGAUGACAGCUGAUGUAAAAUAACAUACACUGUGUGGGAGGUGUAGUGUUGGAUAUCACCCGGGAUAAGUCUGUCUGAGCUGCUUCUUGUCCCGGCUGAUCAGACUGUCACCUCACACAGUAUGGAGUCACUCAGGUGGUUUUCACCUGAAUAAGACAGAUUGGUGGUUUCUCUUUAACAAAUCUUACAUCUUACAAAGAUGUUAUGAAAGCAUUCAGCAAAAUAGGCGCUGUAAUAGUAGAUGAUCAUGUAUUAUAGUUUAUUCUAAGCUCUUGUGUGACCUUGUGCAUACAGUCAGUCUUUAUACAUGUACACACAAAAAAAUGGUGGUUCUUCAGCGGUUCUUUGGGGUGGUUGAGGUGCUAUAUGGCACUACUGACGUACAAAGAACCUUUUAAGCCCAGUAUGGUUCUUCAGCGGUUCUACAGCGGUUCUUUGGGGUGGUUGAGGUGCUAUAUAGUACUGCUGCUGUACAAAGAACAUGUUAAGCCCCUGUAUGGUUCUUAAGAGAAAAAAGAAGAAUAAAAAAACACAUUAAAGUACAGAGUAUUUCCUGAGGAUAACACAUUAAACCAGUGGUUGUCAACCUUUUUGCCCCCCUGUGUCUGAGGAAAUAUUCCAGGCCCCCUCCCCCCCUUAUUAUUUUAUACUCUGUUUAUUUACCAAUAACCUAACCCAUAUAAUAUCCGUGUUGGUGGGAUGCAACAAGACAGUUUGGGUGCUGAGAGCUGUCAGUUGCAGUUUAAAUUCUGUGGGAGGAGGAAUACAAUUGGAGGAUUAGAUAAAGCUGACUGUAGUCCAUGAAUGAAUGUAAACUGAUAAGCUCUUCUCCCCAAAAUUAUGUCACAAACUUCAAUAAAAAGGCUGUCAUUAUAUUCA